UAUCUCUGCACAGAUCACUUCAUCUCACACACUUUUUUGUGUGGAUGACGGAAGAAGACAAUCACUUAUGGCAGGGUGAUUUAAAGAAAUCCCCUGUCAGUUCUGACACACACACUGCACAUACAAUCACACGCUGGUCAUGAUUGCUGCUUGUGCGUGUUAGAUAAUUAUGCAGACAGACAUAAAUGCAGGCAGGUGACAAAUUUAAGGGAAAAUCUGAACCCCUGUUGCUCUGUGGGAGGCAGCUUUAAUUGUUUGUUUGUACAGGUUUCAAUGCAGUAGUGGUUCUCAAACUAUAUAGUGGGCCCCCUGGUGGGGCUUAAAGUCAGUGCAAGGAAGUGUUACCAACCAACCAGGGGGAAAUAUGUAGAGAAACUAAUCAGAAUUUAAGAAAAAUGAACAAGAAAAUCUUUCUAAAAGGGUCAUUAUUGUUAAUGAUUCAUAAUAGGUAUAAAUGUGAGCAUGAAGGAUUGCCUGUGUGUGUGUUAGACAGGAAAGGAUGUAUCUGGAUGUACCCAGCCUCUCACCUUGUGACAGAAGGCAAAGGCUCCAGCCCCUGGGAACUGGAUAAGCUGCUAAGAAAAUGUCUCUUUUAGAAGAAAGUGCCACUGCAGAUCACACACAGUUGUUCUGACUGAUCACCUUAAUUCUAAAUGUUUUUACCCUGAUGGGAAUGCUCUCUUUGGAGAUUCCUCCAUCCAUUAUAAACACGCGUUCAAUGAAUGUUUUCACCAGGAUGACAGUUAUGUAAAGCAUAUGGCCUCUGCAGCCACAAGAUCUAAAUAAGCAGUGCAAAAUGUUGGGUAGACAUGUUUAACAGCUUAUAUGUUUAUAUUGUGAAGGAAUAGCAUUUAACCCUCAUCCAUAAAACUGAAAAACAAAUGCCAAAGAGUACAGAAGCUAUUCUAGCAGUAAGCAGUGGCCUAAUAUCUUAACAACACACUUUAGUUGAUUUCUUUUCCUUUAAUAUGUCACCCAUGCAUACAUUGAAAUGUGUAUGUAUCUAUUUUUCCCCUUUUUUAGAGGUUAAUGCCAUUUUCAGGUAUAAAGAAGGCUAGAUUGUAACUUUGAAGGGAUGAAUCUGGUCUGGCAGGAAACAUUUUCCAUGGGUGUCCCUAAUAGGGUGAUAUGUGCAGUUAUUUGGUAGGUAAACUAACUGAAUGUUGAUUUUAACACACACUAAUGGAGAAAUAAAGAAUGACUUUGACUCUUCCUCUAACAGACUUGCUUGGUUAUCAGACCCAGCUCUGCUUUGCAUACCAUGCAGGGGAGUCAGUAUUUUAAUAUUCAUAUGAGAUACUGGACAUCAUUCCAUACCAAUCCCUCAACAGAGGAACGCUGGGCUGUUCUUUUGUACCUGCUGCUGGAAAACAAAGGAUUGUUGGUGACUGAAAAGUUAUGCAUCCAUGCUGUAAUAACUCAAGAAAAAUCCUAUGCUGAUUCUCUGCUGGAUGAGACCAUGGGAGUGAAUAAUGGAUCGACUCGGCUUGAAGAAGAAAAAAAGCUGGAAGCAUCCACAGAAAGAAUGGUUCAGCUCACACUGGUGUCUCAGUCCCAGUCGGCCCUGCAGGAAAACAAACUGAGAGGUUUGAGAAUCGGGCUGGAGAAGCUCAACCAGUCAUAUCAGCUCCUGUUCUCCCAGUACCCUGCUCUAAACCAGUACUGCCCAAUCAGCAACGCUACCACUGGUGAAAGAGAGUGCAGCCUAUGCUUACCUGGCUGGACGCCUCAGGGACAGAAAUGUUUCCUCUUCAGCCAGGACAGAGCUGACUGGAUCAGUAGUCAGUACCACUGCAUGGCACUGGGGGGCGUCAUGGCUAUAAUAAGGACAGAAGAGGAGCAGGAGUUUCUGUGGGAGAAGGCCCAGAGUCUGAGUCAGGGGGACUCAUACUGGGUAGGCCUGAGGAGCAGCGGCGCUGACGGGGGCUGGCAGUGGAGCGAUGGCUCGCUGCUGGAGAAGGGACCACAGUUUUGGGCACGCGACCCGGAUAAUGCAGGUGAAAGCAGGGAGGAUCUGUGUGGUCGACUCACCCCGAGAGUCGUGUACAGCAGGAGCUGGUUCACUUUCAGAUGCUCCAACAAGCUGAGGACGAUCUGUGAGAGGAGGCAAGCUUCUCUGACCUGA